AUGGAUAAUAUCACGUCCACGGAGGAGACGACGUGCUCGGAGGGCGAAGAUGAGUCGAAAAUUGCAGGAACCAGUGAAAUUAACCUUGUAAACCACCACCAAGGUAAUUCCCCACAACGACCGACUUCCUUCAGCGAGCUCACUCAAAUGGAAGAAAAAAUGCGACGUAAGCUGCAGUUUUUCUUCAUGAAUCCUAUCGAGAAAUGGAAGGCCAAGAGGAAGUUUCCAUACAAAUUUGUUGUUCAGGUGAUAAAGAUAGUACUGGUUACUUUUCAACUAUGUUUGUUUGCACAUAACAGAUAUAAUCACGUCAAUUACACGUGGGACAACCGGAUCACGUUCUCACAUCUAUUCCUUCUUGGUUGGGACUCCACAAGAGAAAUCAAUGCCUACCCUCCUGGUGCUGGACCUCUUGCAGUUUACAAAAUUGAAGAAUUCUAUAACACUUUAGACUAUGCAUAUGAUGGGUACUCCAAUGUUCUAACAAAUGCUAUAGGUCCAUACUCUUACAAUGAUGAAAGUAACAUCAAACCUCCCCCAGUAUUUUGUCAGUACAACUACAAGCAAGGUAUAAUCAAUGGCUUUAAUGAAAGUUACGAAUUCAACUCGGAAAUAGUAGAAAACUGUGUUAACUUUACAAAAAAAAAUGAUGAAGUGUUUCAUUCUCAAGCGUUCAUUGAAAAAGCAGGCUUAAACAUAAGUUUUGCAUCAUUGGUUCGAGCUAAAUUAAUGUUUUCACUGAAAACAAUUAACUUUAGAGCAGCGGGACCAAUAACUCCUCCAGAUUGUUACAGAUUUGAUAUAGAAAUCAUUUUCGAUAAUGAAGACCAUGAUGGACAAAUGUCUCUAAUUUUGGAGGCAGAACCAUACAAAUUGACUUGCAAAGGAGACACAGCUUAUAUUACGGAUAACAAAAUAGAUCAGGUCCUGAGAAGUAUACUCAACAUUCUGGUUAUCUUGAUAUGUGCUAUAUCUUUUAUUUUGUGCAGUAGAGCCAUUUAUAGAGCUCAGUUAUUGAAAGAGUUAACUGUACAGUUCUUCAGGAGAACUUACAACAAGGAUUUGAGUAUGGAAGGAAGACUAGAGUUCCUCAAUAUCUGGUACAUUAUGAUUAUAGUUAAUGACAUACUGAUCAUUAUGGGAUCAGCGAUAAAGGAACAGAUUGAACGAAACCAGUUUACAAAUGACCAGUGGAAUGUUUGUUCCCUAUUCCUUGGCACUGGAAAUCUGCUUGUAUGGUUUGGAGUAUUGAGAUAUCUUGGAUUCUUCAAGACUUACAACGUAGUAAUACUUACGUUGAAGAAAGCAGCCCCGAAGAUCUUCAGAUUCUCAGUCUGCGCAUUGCUGUUAUAUGCUGGCUUCAUGUUCUGUGGUUGGCUAAUCUUAGGACCUUACCACAUGAAGUUUAGAUCUCUAGCGACAACCUCUGAAUGUCUUUUCUCUUUGAUAAACGGAGAUGACAUGUUUGCGACAUUCUCCAUAAUGUCGAAGAAGUCACCAAUGCUUUGGUGGUUUAGCCGUGUGUACUUAUAUUCUUUUAUAAGUUUGUAUAUUUAUGUAGUGCUCAGUUUGUUUAUAUCUGUUAUUAUGGAUGCUUAUGAUACUAUUAAGCAGUAUUAUAAAGAUGGGUUCCCUAAGAGUGACUUGCAACAGUUUAUUGGGGAAGCGAAUGUCGAGGAGGUAUCCUCUGGUCUAUACAGGACCCAGAGUUCUACGUCCUUAAACGCAAUAAUGAAUUCGCUUUUCUGUUGCAAUUUCUACAGAAGUGCAUACUCAAAGAUAGGCGGAGGAAGUUCAAACUUAAACUUAUAG